AAUCGUGUGUGUGUGUGGAAAAGUAAAUCAUUACCCAGAAAAACUUGCACAAAAUGCGUGUUAUAACUUGUGAUCCGUCUUUGGAUGAAUAGUUUUGGAUCUGCCGUUCAAAAUCAUAUGUUAGUGUUGAUUGCUGGGCGAUAGAAAUCACGUUUCUCGGUUCAGUGCUCCACCUCCAACAACCACGUUGAAAAGAAGAAGAAGAAGGAGAAGAAGUCAAUAUUACGUGAUAACACACAUUUGGCAGCUAGCGAAAAGAAACUUGUACCGUGCAGGCGGCCUCCGGAAACGCUUCUCAGGACAUCUAACGCAACGAGUGCACAGCGUGCUGGAACUCCGGUGACCGUGUUCCAGAACCUCUUGCCGGGGGAACGUUGUGAGAACGCUACAUUUGGACCGCCUUGGCUGCGGUACAAUCGGUCUAUCCGCAGUAUUUCCACUACCAUCUUACCGAUAUCAAAGUUGCUGAAAGAGCAGCACGUUUGCUGGACAAUUAUCGAUCGAUGACGUGUAUUACAUGAGCAACUGACGGUUCCUAAAGAUCACAAUCAGCCAACUGUUUUUUUGUAAUAAGGAGUGUGGUGUACGAUCGACAGUGGCGGGGACAGUGGAUGCAUUCUACAAUACUGGCCAUACUUAAUGGUACAAUAGGGGUGUUGUUUCUGUCUGCAAAGAGCGUUUAAAGACGUUUCAGAUUAAGCCGGAAGGAUCAGCUUUGUGGAAUGAUGCUGGCCGUCUAACGAUAAGAGAGAUAAAUCAUUACGCCCGUGGGCACAUCUUACGAAGUGCCACGUUUAAAUUGGAUACAGUACCGUACAACCGAACCUUGGUUUGUGGAGGCGUUUAUCGCGGAAAGGGGAAGAGCAUAGCAACGAACUAGCGCCACAUACCGACCAACCAUCAAGUAUAUGUCAUGAAUUCGGACGAAUAUGAACAGCUGCCGACGUCGAGUGUGCCGGCCAUCAUGACGGCCGGUGCGAUAGCCGGCGUGAUGGAGCAUUGCGUCAUGUACCCGCUGGACUCGGUGAAAACCCGCAUGCAAUCGCUCACACACAUGAAGGCUCACGACACAAUCACGUCGACGCUGCGCGACAUGAUUAAGAACGAGGGCGUGAUGCGUCCGUUUCGGGGCGUGAUGGCGGUGGUGGCCGGUGCCGGACCGGCCCACGCACUGUACUUCGGUGCGUACGAGUGCUCGAAGGAGAUGAUCGCAACAAUUUCGGAUCGGGAUCACCUGAACUACAUGCUAUCGGCAACCGCGGCAACACUUGUGCACGAUGCCGUCUCCAAUCCGGCGGAUGUGGUAAAGCAACGGCUACAGAUGUACAACUCACCGUACAGAUCGAUCCUGCACUGUGCCACCCAGGUGUACCGGACGGAGGGUUUGCGAGCGUUCUAUCGAUCGUACUCGACGCAGCUCGUCAUGAACAUACCCUACUCGGCGAUCCAGUUCCCGACGUACGAGUUCUUCCAGAAGCUGCUCAAUAAAGACAAUAAAUACAAUCCCCCUGUACAUAUGGUGGCGGGUGGGGCGGCCGGAGCAGCCGCAUCCGCCCUCACCACCCCGCUCGAUGUUUGCAAGACGCUGCUGAACACGCAGGAGGACGGUGCCGGUAAAACGCGGGGGCUCGUAGAGGCGGCGAAGAAAAUUUACCACACGGCCGGCAUGAUGGGCUUCUUCAAGGGGAUGCAAGCGCGCGUACUGUACCAGAUGCCGGCCACCGCGAUCUGCUGGUCCACGUACGAAUUCUUCAAGUACAUCCUUUCGCGCGUGAAGAAACCGGUUGGGUCGACGGGCGGUGGGAGCACACGGGCGAUAGCGGUCGCUGACGACGACAAAACGCCAACGAUAACCGAUCUGCGGUACAUGAUACCGGCGAGCGCUUCCGUGAGUGCCGAAGCGUCCCCGACCGGGUGCAGCGGUGUGAACAGUGCCAGCCUGCUGAUCCGAAGUCAGGAGCGCGACGGUGCGGGUGGUUCGGUGGGCAGCGACAAUAAGGGUGGUGGCAGCCCGGCCGGGUUGAUUCCACGCGGUGGCCCCGAACUGCCGGCCAUGUCGGGCGCCGGUAUUUACGGCGCGAUGAGCUACAACACGAUGCACUCGAAUGAUACAAACCACCUAACCGACGUCCGACGGACGAACUAGAAGCCUGAAGAAGGGAGAACAGCAGACAACAGCAACCGACGUCCGGCACUCGAAGUGCGGUGGCGGUGUGUUGAUAAGUUAAUAAUAUUGUUGGUUUAGCGUUUUUAGAAGAAGCAUAAAAACAAAAAAAAAGGAGAAAAAAGAAAACAGCAAAUCGACGAUCAGCGCAACGUCUAUUGGAAGGAAGGAAGGAAGCGA